UCGCAACACCAUGUCUUUGGACAAGGAUAACGUAGAAAGCACCCAUGAUGUAGAAGUGCUUGGGGUAAAGCAACAGUCGUCAUUCAAGCGAAGAUAUCGAAACGCGAGCAAAUCACGAUCGCGGCUCAACGAUGAAUACGACACGGCAACACUCGAUGACGACGAACUUACUCGUGCGUUUCAACAUCAAUCACAUUCGCUUCGUGUUUCGGCAUCCAACGUUGCAGCCAUGACGGGCUUUCAUCCAUGGAAGAAUCUACCCGAACUUGCCAUGAACUUGGUGUAUCAGGGUAGACUAGGACAGGCACUGCUACGUAAGGAUGCUCUGUUGCUUGGUUUACAGUUGACAACCGAAGAACAGGUGCUUCGUGAUUUGGCGCAACAGUCGGGGGUGAGUACCCAAAAGGCGUUACAAUCAAUACUGCAGGUAAAGGACGGGAGUAAAAAGGUCGAAUCGGUGGAAUUAGCGGCCAAAUUGAAACAAAGGGUAUUAUACGAAGCGGUCAAGUCUGGCAAGCUCAACAAGGAACAACUGAAAACACUGCAAGAGGGCACCCGGUCAGCUGUCGAUACGGGAUACGGCACACAUCAAGAAGACGACGCGCUGAACUUGUACGAAAAACAGUGCGGAUGGGAAGUUCGGGAGCGCAAUGCAGAAAUUCGAAACUGGCCGUUUGCAAGACGCGAAGACAUUGUGCCGCAACUAGAGACGAAACCAGGUCUACCGACCGUCCUCCCUAUGCGACCAGCAUCGUCUCAAUGGUCUUCUCCUACGCUAGCAGAAUCCGAUUUACAAGAAGUGGCUUUGAAGCGAGCAAAAUCGUUAACCGGUGAUGGACCGGUUGAAUUCCAAGACGUUGUCUCCAAUACUUCCUUUGGAGAAGGCGACGAUACCGUACAGCAUCACGCAAGCUUGAAAGGCACGUGUACAACGAGGUCGCCCAGUGCUAUUUCUCCAAACAAUCACCGUAACCUUUUGCCGUUUUUUUCAAUCGUCGGGAGCGUGGAUGGACUUCGCGAAGAGCUGUUCUCCCCGGACACUCCAUGUACUUUUUCCACCGAAUUUGGGGCCGACUUGGCGUUACGCACUGUAAUUGUAGAGUGCAAGCACCGUAUGCGCAAAGUCCACAUUGUCCCACCUCUGUACGAGCAGAUCCAAACAAUUGCCUACUGUCUCAUGUACGAGGUAUCGGAAGCGGAUCACGUCCAGGUGUUGCGGCAAGACCCAAGCGCAAGCGGGAAAGGCUCAUGCACUUUUGUAGAGAACAAUACAACUCUUGAUGCGUGGGUAGCAUCAACUCAGAACCAGGGAAAGUCUGCAGCUACACUUCCCACGACAAAACCGAUGGUGGAUUUGAAACCGACUCUCACGACAUAUCGCGUUUCGUUGAACGAUGCAGUGAUGCAACAUCAAACUCAAUGGAGAGACACCGUGUUACCUCGCCUGCGGAGCUUUGUGGAAGCCGUUUAUGCGAUUCGUGCGAGCGAUGACAAACGAUACCGCCUGCUGGUAGCUGUCUCUUUAUCCACGGCGGGUGAGGAUGCGGCCACAGUAUUGGAAGCGUGGACAAUUCUGCAUAAGGAGUGCCCGUGGUUGGAAAGCUGCAAUACAGCUUUUUCUCGAUAG